AUGCCCAUCCCCACCAGCUCCAGGCCAGGAUCUGAGAGCGCAACCCUGCACUCUCAGGCAGGAGACUUCGUGGGCAGGGGCACGCAGAGCGCUGAGGCCGUCACCAAGCCCGUGGCGUCCCCGGGCGGCCCCUGCAGCCUCCUGGUCUGGCUUCUGCUCCUUCAGCGCUGGCUCAGGGAGGCCCCAGCGGGUGGGUCAGCGACGCCCUCGCCCACUUCACCCCUCUCGGGAGGCAGCCUCGAGGACCCCACGGAGGACCAGCCAGACCCUGGAGGGGGCUUAGGGACCCCCAAGUUGGUGGAGUUUAGCCCAUCGUGUGGCCAAGUGUUCCUGAAAAUCGUGGAAGGAAAUCAGAGUGAAGAAGGGAAGUGGCCCUGGCAGGUGAGCCUGAGGGUCAGUGGCAGCGUGUGCGGAGGUUCCCUCAUCACAGCUCAGUGGCUGCUGACUGCAGCCCACUGUAUUUUAAGCUGUUACCGCUGCAGUGUCAUGAUGGGAGAUCGGAGUGUCUGUGGUGAAAUCUCAGGGUUGGUGGUUCCUGUCAGCCGAGUCAUUGUUCACCCUCAGUUCUCAACACGUGGAACUGUUAAAUAUGACCUUGCUCUUCUCCGGCUCUUCUACCCUGUAAAUUUCACUGGGGUCAUCCAGCCUAUAUGCAUCCCUGAGAAGACUUUCCAGGUGGAAGCUGGGACCAGGUGCUGGGUGACUGGAUGGGGCAAGCAACAAGAAUUCGGUGGCCCAUUUGUCUCAGUCUUUCUCUGGGAGAUGGACCAAUAUAUCAUCUACUAUGAAGAAUGUAAUGGGAUGAUCCAGAAGGCCAUGCCAGCAGAUAAGGAUGUAGUACUGGAAGGAAUGCUGUGUGGCUAUAAUAGUAUAGGAAACGAUUCUUGUCAGUUAAGUUCAUGGGGAGAUUCUGGGGACCCUCUGGUCUGUCAAUAUAAUACCACAUGGGUCCAGAUAGGGAUUGUGAGCUGGGGUGUCAGCUGUGGUUGUAAAAUUUCACCUGGAGUUUUUAUGGAUACUGCCUUCUACACUAAGUGGCUAGUUGCAGUGGUGAACCAGGCUACCUCUUUGUAUCCAGUGGUGCUCCUCAUCCUACUGGUGUGUCUGGUGCUGCCUCUGGGCAUCCUGGCGACCCUGUGAUCACCCUGGCCCACACCCCCUUCUGUUUCUGAGACUCACACUAGCCCUGCCUCUGACCUCCCACUUCUACUCAAUGCCCUUUCCUCAAUUUCGUUUGGGAUCCACUGACCCUGUGGAGAUCCACAUGACAGAGAGUGGCAGCAGGAAAGGAACCCUGGAAGUUUCCUGGCCUGGUGAUCCAGGAACCUGCCUCAUCCACACCUACACCUUGGCUGUGCUCUGCCUGCCAGGAAGAAGUGGGUGAAACCAUCCCAGCUGGAUGGCCAGUGACCUGCCAGGUGAUGCUUCAUGAUGCUUCAUCCACAUCUUGGAGAACACCUAGCAAAGGAGGGACAUCAUCUCCGGUGAAACAGCGUUAGACCUGACACUUUAUCAAACCAGUCCGCUUGGUGAUUGUUGGGAGAGAGUGAGGAGGCAUCACUAUGUCCACAUCUGACUCAGCUGUCUGGGUUGGGAGAAGGUCCCCAGCUGCCCAGUGCGGAUGCAUCUGUGAGUGUCCAGCCUCUGCCACACAAGCCCUCCUGGGGCAACUCAGUCUAGGAACCCCCUUCCCAGUGCUCCAGCGGCCACAUCCAGGCUCACUCCAAGUUGUGUUGAGGCGUCAAGGAGUGCAGAGAUUUCUGAUGUCAACUGAAUAAAUGUUUGAAGAGUCGUGUGUGUGUUCUGGUGUGUGUGUUCUCUACUGGUCUGGAAUCACUGAAGAGAACUUACAUUUAGCUUAGGAAAGUAUUUGUGAUCCUUUUUAAACCCUGGAGUGAUGUGAUGUGAGUUGACAGGUAGCUUUAGCAGUUGGGUCCUGCUGCCGUGUUCCUCAUAGCCAUUAGCAUCUCUGCAGGGAACUCUGUGGAUGAGUUUGCUAGCCAAUGCAUCUGGGAAGGAGGAAGUGAGAGAGACUGGAAGCAAGAGAGGGGUCAGGGCAUUGGGCCCAAACAUCAAGCCCUUUUUCUGUGUGUUUCUGCCGCUCCCCUUCUUGGUAAAUAGAGUCUUGAGCACCAGACUGCCUUGGCCAGGCUAUGGAGAACGACACUGAGACUCAGGGAGGGGACAGGUUGGGGUGCUUACUGUGUCUGUGCUGGCUUAUUUCCUUCAUUACCAUAUCAUCCCAAAUUAGCUCUUUGUCAUGAUGCAGAGCACUUCACUUUUCCUUGAUUUCUUUCGUGAAAGUUUGAGGUUGCCUUUUUUUAGGAGAGGAUUAGCGCAUUUUGCAUAUGGGAAGAGGUGCAAGUGAAUAGUUAGGUGAAUAAAAAAGUGGACUGGGGUAAAGCUUGAUAAUCCUCUCUUGUGGCACCUUUCAUCCCCUUCCUUCUGGGCAUAUAGUGGAUCAGAAUAAAGAGUACAUUUCCAACCUUCCCACGUAUCUAAGUUUGGCAAUAAGUUCUGGCCAAUAAAGUAUAAACAGAAAUGUUGGGUAUGAAUUUUGGAAAAUAUCCUUAAAAGGAGAACAAGCCCUUCAUCACCUUCUUCUUUCCUGGCUAGAAUGUAUACAUGGUGACUGGAGCUUGCACAGCUAUCUUGGGACAUGAGGAACAUGUUAAGGGUAUGGAACAGAAAUUCAGAAGGAGCUUGACUCCUUGGAAUUUAUAGGGCUGCCAUCACAGCUCUUUAUGCAAGAGAGAAAUAAACUUCUCUUUUAAUUAAGCCACCAUCACCUUCAGUCUCACUUGCUCACAGAAAAACCUCAAUCUAACUAAUUCAGUUGAUAUUAUCUGGAGCUUUAUUUCUGGAUUGUUAGGAAUAUAAGUUUUUAAAGUCAUUUCUUAUGUAGACUAAAUUCUUCUUUAUUCCUACUUGGCUGUAUGCCAUUGCUUCCUUCUCUGUUCAUAUUUAUUUAUUUAU